AACAGUGCCGGCGCGCGACCACAUCCCACCCGCGCAGCAGCCUCGCCGCAGCCCCCCCAGCCCCACACGGUGCCGGCGAUGCUGCCCUGCCUCCUCCCCGUCCUCGCCGUGGGGCUGGUGCGUGCCCACGCGGCCGAGCCCCACGCCUGCGCCCCGCUCACCCCGGCCGUCAUGGACAACGCGACCGUGGCUGGGCUGCUGGGGCACUGGGUGUACAUCAUGGGCGCCUCCACCUACCCCCCGCACGUGGCCGAGAUGAAGGAGCUGAAGUACGCGACCUUCGCCUUCCUGCCCGGCAGCCACGACGAUGAGUUCAACGUGACCGAGACCCUGCGGCUGAACGAGACGUGCGUGGUGAGGAAUGCCAGCAAGAUCCUCAUCUUCCGGCACAACUCCACCCUGGUGCAUGUGGAGGGGCAGGAGGCGUCCAUGGCCGAGCUGAUCAAGACCGACAAGGAGCUGCUGGUCCUGAAGCACAGCAAGGAAUCCUUCCUGGGCCUCAGCCUCUCGGCGCGGACGCCCAACGUGAGCAAGGAGCACCUGGAGGAGUUCCGGGCCCACCUGCGCUGCCUCGGCUUCACGCCAGAGGAGACCUUUGUCACCUCCCCGAAGGUAGGGACCCGCGGGUGGGACGGGGCGUCCCGGGACUGUGUGCCUAGGUGGGUGCAAGCUCCUGUCCCCUCUCCCCAAGGACGCCUGUCCCCCAGACGGCAAGGAGAAGGACGAAGCCACCUUGGCCACCACAGAGGUGUAACUGGAGUGAGCCCGCAUCCCCCCCGUGCGUGGUCCCCAGCCCCUGCGUGGGGACGUCCCCCGGCACUUGGCUCAGCCUCGGGAGGUCCCGGCGAGUUCUUUUCUUCCAACGGAGGACCCACACCCACGUCCCUUUUCUCUUCUCACGUCAAGCAGGAAUAAAGCCUGUGUGACACCCGCCUGCCGCCUGCCUUCCCUGCGCCCAUGUCUGCAGACUGCACCCACACAUGGGAUGGGGCACGGGUGGGCACCACCCCUGGGUGCCCAGCUCGGACCCCGUCUCCUACCCAGUGUCAGACAAAACCCUGGGGAUUUAGGGGAUGGGAUGACCUAACCCGCGGGCUCAUUUCCAUAAGCAGCCCCGAGGCACGCCAGGGAAGCUGGAGCCCCGAGUGCCUCUGAGCAGGGCAGAGGGGAGGAAAAGCCACCACCAGGUCCAGCCUGUGGGGUUUGGGGACAGGACACAAACAGAAACAGUCAGACCUCGAGCUGUGCCCUGCCCAGGGGUGUGGGGA